UUUUGCACCACGUAUAUGUCCAGUUUCGGCUGAAGGUCCGCGAGAACGUCGCUAUGGUAGAUCAUGGGAUAUAAUUUGGAGAGCGCCUCGUGAGUGACCUGGAAGGCUCGGCUGUUUUAGUCUAGGUCCAGACGAGGAAGUCGGGGCGAGAUUUUUUUUAUUUUUUCAGUUUAAGCCCCUAAGAAGUAGCCCCAGCAGAAAAGUCAAGUGGUUCUUCUCGCUUCCCAGUUUAUAUCCUUUAAAAAAAAAAAAAAAGCCCAACCGCUUCCUCCUCGACAUGUAUGUCGCCCUUCGGUUUGUUGUCAGAAUGACACAAGGAAAUGGACGGUGGCGGAGCUAAAAGGAGGCUCGUGCUCGAGCCAGGGGGAAUUAGUGGCCGCGGCCGAAGCGUUAGCUUCACGGAGGAGCCGUGUAGCACGGGCUGCUCUUCAGCCAGACUCCAUUAGCGACACACAGGAGCUGUCCCACACACACUCACCAUGAGAGAAAGCCAUGUCCAGUGUGAGGAACCUUCUCUCAUUUUGUUACAGAAACCUUAUCUGCUGCUAGCUAUUGUCUUCUCCACAGACACUGGAGCUAGGAUCACCCCCCAAAAGUCAGGUGUGUCACAAGCUUCACCAUAAAAUGGAGGAAAGCAGAUGAGUCUCCAAGGAGAGCCCUGGAGGAGUCAGCCAGCCAGGAUUCCUCACGCCAGAACAAAGGUUUCCCUGAUUUUCCAGGGAGGUCAAACCCUUUGCAGUGAUGGAGGUAUUGCAGUGUGACGGCUGUGACUUCCGUGCAGAGUCAUACGAUGACUUGAAGACCCACAUUCAGGAAGUGCACACUGCUUUCCUGCAGCCUUCAGAUGCAGAUGAGUCUGACUCUCUGAGAGACGAUGAUGAUGAGGAGGAGGAAGAAGAGCAGAAUGAGGAUAAGGAGAAGGAUUACGCGCCUGCUAAAGCUGGAACAAGCCCCAACUCUACUGAUGGCCCCAAUCAAACAUCACAAAAGCAGACUGCUGAAACCCUGCUUCAGUUUUACCAGUGCAAGUUCUGCGUCCGUUACUUUAGAUCAAAGUUGUUCCUAAGAAACCACACCAAAAAGGUGCAUAAUAUCACAGAGGAAGAUUCGGACGCAAGUGUCACUUCGGAGACCUCAAAGCAGCCCAGCUACACUGUAAUAAUGCACAACGAUCACUCAAAAGUGUUUUCCUGUCAGUAUUGCACAUACACAUCUCCCCGCAAAGCAAGGAUACGGAAACACCAACUGAUGUAUCACAACAAAGUCCCUUCCGAUAGCGCUGCAGACGCGUCAAAGAACAUUGAGAGUGAGGAGGAAUCUGAUGCGAAAGAAAGAUUUCUCUGUGAGUGGUGUGACUUUCAGACUGACCAGAAAGACAGCUGGACUAAUCAUAUGGUAAAAGAGCACAGUGAUAAGGUCAAGAUCCUUUCUAGUCCUGAAAAACUAGAUGGGGAGGCAAGUGCCAGCUCACCCAAAGCAGAUUCUUGUGCAUCUUCCCAAAGCCCAACUGCAAAGGAGGAUUUGGUGGAGAAAACACCAGAGGACACCUUGGAAAAGUCAGUCACUGACAUUUCUUCUCUUCAGUACGCACAGAUCAGUGCAGUCACACCAAACAGCACAGGUUCUUCUAUUUUAUCAAAGAGGUUUGCCUCAUGUGAUGUUUCCAACAGUGUCACAGAUAUGGAUGCUGGUGCAAUCAAUGACGAUGACUCAAGGAGCAGCUUAGAGGAUGACGAUGACGAGGAGGAAUUGGGGGAUAUAGAUGAUCCCAAUUACACUGGGACUCUUUCUGCAGAUGCAAAGCAGCUAUUAACUGAUGUUGAUAAUAAAUUACUGGAAACUAAAGGCAUACCCUUCAGAAAGUACAUGAACCGGUUUCAGUGCCCCUUCUGCUCUUUCCUCACCAUGCACAGGCGGAGCAUUUCUCGCCACAUUGAAAACAUUCACCUCUCUGGCAAAACCACAGUAUAUAAAUGUGAUGAAUGCCCGUUCAUUUGCACCAGCCCUCUGAAGCUAGGAACACACAAGCAGAACCACAACCCCACAGAUUUAGAUAUGCUGGACCUGACAGGUGAUAGUCCUGAACCUCAGAAUGACAGUGCCACAGAGCCCGUAAAUGGGGGAAACGUUAGCUCCAGGGCAAAUGGAAAAAAGACAACCAGCACAUUGAACGACCAGCAGAACCCUCAUCGCUGCACACUCUGCAGUUUCUCUACCACCACGCUGAAAGGACUGAGGGUCCACCAGCAGCACAAGCAUUCCUACUGUGACGACCUAGAUUCUACUGUCUUUGAAAGCCAGCUGACUGACCAGCCAGAUUCUGAAGUGGAAGCUGCUCCAGUGUUUUUACAGAAAACCCAGACACCCAUUUUAGGACUUGCCACCAAAAAACCCUUUGUUACGGGGAAAAGAGCCAGGAAGUCUAUUAAUGACUUGCCUUUGGAUUUGUCUUCAGUUAAGAAGAGAACUAGAAUUGAUGAAAUAGCCAGUAACCUUCAAAGUAAGAUAAGCCAAAGCCAGCAGGACAUGAUUAUAAAUUUGGAUGACAUAGAUGAUGAAGACGCUCAAGAAAGUACUGCUGGUGCUGAUGAGAGUGGAAACCAUGACAUUAAUCCCAUCUUUGCUUACAACACACAGCAGUCUCGUAGAGAUUCAGUGAUCAGUCAUGAAGGAAGGAUUGGGAAAAGAAAAAGCAACCCUAAGUCAAAGCACAGGAGCAUUCCUAUAUCUCUUACUCUCUCAGACGAUAGUGAAAAUAUUUCAGGCGAAAUCGGUGACAGCAUUGCCCAAGAGAACAUGGACUAUUCGGACGAUGCUGGAAUGAUCCGUUUCUACUGUAAACACUGUGAUUACCACAACAAAUCAGCUCGAAGCGUCAGCACCCACUACCAGAGGAUGCAUCCUUACAUUAAGUUCAGCUUUAAGUACAUCCUGGAUCCAGAAGACCAGAGUGCAGUUUUCCGCUGUUUGGAGUGCUAUAUCGAGUACACAAACUACAACGAUUUACACCAACACUACAUGGAUCACCAUCCUGAAGCAAGUAAUGUUCUCAACUUCAAUCAACCACAUCUGCUAUACAUGUGCCGCUUUUGUUCAUACACGAGCCCCAAUGUCAGGAGCCUGAUGCCUCAUUACCAAAGAAUGCACCCCACUGUGAAGAUCAAUAAUGCCAUGAUCUUCUCUAGCUAUAUAGUAGAACAGACUCAUAAAACCAGUGAGUCACAAACUCUGAGGGAAAUAUUAAAUUCUGGCCCCAAGAAUUUUACCCCAUCCAGUUCAAUGGCCAGGUCUUCCUCGAGUCCGGUCCUGAAAGCUGUCCCCAAGUCCCCUGAAACUAGUGCCGAGGCAGAACCUUUCAAAGAAACUGUGAGUGGUAAUGUGGUGGUCUAUGACUGUGAUGUUUGUUCUUUUGCUAGCCCCAACAUGCACUCUGUGUUGGUCCACUACCAGAAAAAACAUCCGGAGCAGAAGGCAUCUUAUUUCCGCAUACAGAAAUCCAUGAAAGUGAUUUCAGUUGAUCAGUCACAGCCUGCAGCCAACUCUUCCUUCAGCCCUGGCAUGUCUACUUCCACUCCAAAGCAAUCAAAUGCUGCAGCAUAUGGAUCAGAUGAAGACAUGUUCUAUUGUAAACACUGUGUGUACAGCAACAGAUCUGUUGUUGGUGUGUUGGUCCAUUAUCAAAAAAGACACCCAGAAGUGAAAGUGACAGCUAAAUAUAUAAAACAUGGCCCUCCCACUCCUGGCUUAAUGAAAUUAAUGGAUGAACUGCAAAUUGCAACCCCCAAACAGUUUUUGAAGCAGUUUCAGAAUAAUGGGCAUGAGGGCUCUAAAAACUCAGUUCCUAAAGGGGGUGGUGAGAAAGGAGAGGACGAGCUGUUUUUUUGCCAACAAUGUGAUUAUGGCAACCGUACUGUAAAAGGAGUGCUUAUCCACUACCAGAAAAAGCACAGAGAAACCAAGGCCAAUGCUGACCUUGUGCGUCGCCACACUGCAGUUGUUCGGAGUCAGCGUGAGCGAGCACAGAUGGUCCAGUCAGGCAACGUUUCUUCUGCAGCACUCUCAGCUCCUCCAGACUCUGAAAAUGCCAUGCCUUUGCGGUCCCUUAAGUGCAGACACUGUUCUUUUACAACUCCUUAUGUCUAUGCUCUAAAGAAGCAUCUAAAGAAAGAGCACCCUACUGUGAAAGCCACAGCCAUGACCAUUUUACACUGGGCUUACCAGGAUGGCAUCUUGGAGGCAGGCUAUCACUGUGAGUGGUGCAUUUACUCUCAUUCUGAUCCCCAGGGUCUGUUUCUUCACUACCAAAGACGCCACCCUGAGCAUAAUGUUGAUUAUGCGUACAUGGCCAGCAAGCUGUGGGCAGGGCCUGAAACCACUCAACAGGGUGGAAAUAUGGAAACUAAACAUUACAAAUGUAGAGACUGUGCCUUUGAGGCUUGCACCAUAUGGGACAUUACUAGUCACUAUCAGGCUGUCCACCCUUGGGCUAUUAAAGAGGAUGAAUCUGUGCUUUUGGAUAUCAUCAAAGGAAAUGGCUCAGUUGAAAGCAUCCACCAGCAGAUUGCCAAUGAACACGCAUCUCUCAAUUGCCAGUCUGAUGAUGGAGCGCUAGUCAUCGCUACCCCACCUCAAGAAAGCAAUCUUCACUCUUCUCAUCCACGCCUUUCCAUUUCUAAUAAUCCUUAUCAGUGCACUGUUUGUCUGUCAGAGUACAACAGUCUCCAUGGUCUCCUCACUCACUAUGGCAAGAAACACCCAGGUAUGAAAGUAAAAGCUGCAGAUUUCGCACAGGAGGCGGACAUCAAUCCCAGCUCUGUGUACAAAUGUCGUCAUUGUCCAUACGUGAACUCCCGCAUUCAUGGAGUCCUAACUCACUACCAGAAACGACACCCGCUGGUGAAAGUCACGGCAGAAGACUUUGCAGACGACGUGGAGCAGAUUACAGAGUUGCACGAAGGAGAUGACAAGUUCAAAACUCAAAGACAAGGCUAUGGUGCAUAUAGGUGCAAAAUGUGUCCGUAUACGCAUGGGACACUGGAGAAACUCAAAGUCCAUUAUGAAAAAUAUCACAAUCAGUCUGCCUCUGAUAUGUUCUCGCCAUCUCUGACCAAUUUUUCUUCCGGAAGGGAAAUGGAGCCAGUAGCCGAAUGCAGUGCUAGUAACAUGUCAAGCACGGCGCAAGUCCAGGAGGUGAGUGAACUGGACUAUGCCCUCUCUCAGUUACCCAUCAAUAAGACAGAGAAACAUGCUGUGUUCAAGUGUCAGCUUUGUAAGUAUUUCUGCUCCACAAGGAAAGGCAUCGCUCGCCACUACCGUAUCAAGCACAAUAAUGUGCGCGCUCAGCCAGAAGGUAAAAAUAACGUCUUCAAAUGCGCCCUGUGCGCUUACACAAACCCUAUUCGCAAAGGCCUGGCAGCUCACUACCAGAAGCGACACGAUAUCGAUGCCUAUUAUACUCACUGUCUGGCUGCCUCCAAGACUAUAAGUGAGAAGCCUGCCAAAGUUCUGGCACAGCCGCCGUUGGAAGCGGAGAGUUCGGAAAUGAGCGAAGACCUACGCUUGGCCGUGGAGCGGCGGCGGUGUAAUCUUUGUCGCUUCCUGGCCGUCAGCAGGAAGAGCAUCGUCUCACACUACAUUAAACGCCACCCAGGUGUCUUCCCUAAGAAGCAGCACUCUAGCAAACUUGGUCGUUACUUCACUGUUAUAUAUGCCAAAGAGCCAGAGAAGGCUUUGGAGGAGGAGGAGGACAAGGAAGCAGCAGGUGUUCUGCUUGAGUCAGAACAGGACAGCGACACCGACUGGUUGCCGUUCAAGUGUCUGAAAUGCUUCCGACUGUCUUUUAAUACAGGACAGCUGUUAUCUAUGCACUACAACGACCACCACAGCACAGACCUGAAGAGGGACUUUUUAGUAUCAUCUGAUCCUGAGGAUGAAGAGACUGAGUCCUACCAGUGUUCUCACUGUGAGUUGAAGUUUGUGUAUCUCCCUGCUCUAGCAACACACCUUCUCAGUCACAAUGAGGAGUUUGAGAAGAGGGCCAUGAAGCAUGAGAAGAGGAAGCAGCUUGACAGCAAGCAGAAGACUGAAGAACUUCCAGAGAAUAAAACUGAGAAGGCAAGCAUUACAGAUAACACCCCUGUAGGAUUCAGGUGCAACUUCUGUUCCGAGAUACACCAAACCCUCCGAGCGAUCUGCAACCACCUUAGGAAGCAUGUGCGGUAUGGAGAAGUUAAAGAGGGCCACAUCAAGCAGGAAGGAAGUGAGGUCCUCCUGACUCCGCCUUCAAAGAGCCUGACGAACGGCGACCUGGAGGAGGAUGAAGCAGCCGAAGCCAACGGCGUGGAGACCCCCGCCGCAGCUUCGUCAUCAGCUUCCGGUGGCGACGGGAUGGACGACGUCAAGUUGGAGGCUCUGGAUCCCGACACGGACGCCGUGGAGGGACGAUCGGCGGCCCUCGUGGCCGCAGCCAGAGCCGUGGUGUUGGAGGGCCAGCUGAGUCAGCGGUUAGCGGCGGGAGGCCACCCGUGCGCCCAGUGCGACCGGGUCUUCAUGUCCAUGCAGGGGCUGAGGUCCCACGAGAGGAGCCACUCGGCCAUGGCUCUGUUCACCCGCGAGGAUAAAUACAGCUGCCAGUACUGCCAGUUCGUCUCACCCUUCAGACACAACCUGGACAGACACGUGCAGUCCCACCACGGUCACCACAAGCCCUUCAAGUGCAAGCUCUGUCCCUUUAAAUCUGCUUACUUGAGUCGUUUGAAGAGCCACCUGCAUAAGGCUCACACAGGCGAGCAGCACACGUACAGGUGCUUGUCCUGCUCCUUCUCCACCAUGACCAUCAGCCAGCUGAAGGAGCAUUCUCUGAGGGACCACGGCGAGGCCUUGACGCUGUCCAAACUCCGCGCAGCGACGCAGGCCGCACACGCCGCCGCCAGGACCCCUCGAAUGGCUGCCGGCACAGAGCACACACAUCUGGCUCCAGAUGAUCCAUCAUAUCAGCAGCUCAGUCAAUACAAGCUGGCCUCCCGCAGUCACGUGUCUUCCAUCUCCAAACCUGGCGGUUUGACAGGCUGCGACGGCCGUCCAGAAGUCGUCCUCACGUGCGAGUUUUGCGAAUUCAGCUCGGGAUACAUGCAGAGCCUGCGUCGGCACUACCGGGACCGCCACGGCGGCAAGAAGCUCUUCAAGUGCAAAGACUGCUCCUUUUUCACCUGCAACAAGAUUAACUUCUCCAUGCACGUGGAGGCGGGUCACAACAACAACAACAACAACAACAACACAACUGAGGAGAUCUCUAAAGAACUGCGCUGCCCGCUCUGCCUCUACCACACCAAUCACACGAGCAGCAUGAUCGACCACAUUGUUCUGCACAGAGGUACACUUACACGACAAAUACAGACAGAGACAGCUGGAUUCUUACAGGAGACAGUGGACACUAUUUUGGGACAUUAUAUCUGAAUAAAAGCAUUUAAA